AUGUCAUCCGGCGACGAACCAGUUCUAUUUGAACGGAUCCCACAUGAACAGACAACAACAUCGUCUACUGCCUUAAUCUCACAACAGCCAACAACAUCGGCUAAUGCUAUAAUUCAACCAAUGCCAACAACAUCGGCUAACGAUUUUUCACAGGCAACAACAUCGCCAAAUAUUGAAUACAACACUCAGCAAAGAUCUGCUGAUUUGCCAAACUAUUUUCUUGAUAAUGUGCUCGGAGAUGGAGAUUGUCUAUUUCGGUUUAUUGAUUAA